UAAUUUGCUAUAAAUACACCAACUUUCGCCGAUUUUGAAUCUAGACAUGAGCUUCAAAAUCUGCCUGACAAUACAUAACCUUUGCACCCAUUUUAAUUUUUGGCCCGAAAAAAUUAUCCGGCGAAAUUUCUUCUUACGUGGCAACCGGAAGAUCCAGCGUGUCACAAACAUCCGGUGAAUGAAACGACACCGUUUAAGACACACUAAAACUACGUCGUUUUAGUGAGAUUUCAAAUUUUAAUUUAGAGGGGUGAGCCCUAAUUCCUCUUCAUUCCUACCUCUUCGACCGAUUUUUUUUAGAAAAUGGAAUCAUCUCCUCCACUUUCAUCUCCUCCACUUUGCGUGCACAAGAUCGAAGCUGCCAUCAAGAUCUCCUGGUCCGAUGCAAACCCGGCCACAAGAUACUACGGAUGCUCCUUAGGCCCGGAUGGAAGAUGUGCUUUCUUCCAAUGGAUAGACGCAAGGCCAACCAUACUUCAACGAAACUACAUCGCUAAACUGAAAAGGGAGAGGGAUGAGGCCCGCGAGCAACUCCGCAUCCAAACUUGCUUGGCUAGGCAGGCGAAGGAGGAGGAGGAGGAGGCUUGGGGAAAAGCUGGAGAUAUGACUGUUCUCAAUCACGAAUUGGAGGAGGAAUUGGCUGCCUUGAAAUCAAGGCGUUGGUGGCUAGAGAAGAUGGUGACAUUGGCUAUGCUCUUGCUGAUUUUGCUUAUUGUGAUAGUUGGUUAGGGUUCUUGGUUUCUGGAAUGUAAAAAAACCUUAUUUUGUAGUUGUAAGAAAUGACCGUAGUUGCAAGCUUGUAGUUGGCAGGAAUGGCUUGUAGUUGUACUAAAUGAAUCAAUUUUCAAAUGGCUAAA